GAGCACAAGUCGGACAGGACGCAAUCGCCAUAAACGAUAUUGUUGUACUGUAUAGUAGAUCCUCGAGUACAUCGUGCUAGCUCGAUCGACGAUGACCUGGUUCUCAUCCCGUCGCAGCAAGAUUCAGAAACACCAACAAUCAACCCUCGCGCGUCAUCAUCAUCGAUCGGGUUCGACGAAAUCCGCAACGGGAGCCUCGACGGCUGCAGUAGCACGGGAGAGAUGGUUGGAAGGACUGUUUCACGAGCAAGAGGUGCUGCUCGAGGAAACGAUGAGGCGCGGAGUCUUAUCUCGGCUACCUAAAACAUCGCUUCUCAUGCUCACUUUGGCGACCCUCUUCAUCCAUCUCGUCUCUACUCGAACUUCACUUCUGCCCAUUCACCUGAUCGGACAGACGGGAGCGACAAUGACGGCUGCAUUGAGCAUGACGACGGGGUUGUUGAUGAGUUAUCGUAGUAGCUCGGCAUUGGCGAAAUGGGGCAAGGGCAAGGCGGCCUGGGGUGGGAUCAAGGGAGAGGUUAGAGAUGUCUUACGUCAGUUGUCGGCUUCUCAUCCGGUCAACACUAAUAACAUGAAGGGCGAUGAGGAGGAAGAAACAGACGUUCAUCGUCGACGUAGAGAACGGGCGACAGAGCUGGACGCAAAGGCCGGUGACUUGACUUGUCUCUUCGUCGCCUUUGGUUUCGCGUUGCACCAUCAUUUGACAGGUACACGGCCAUUGAUUCAGCGAGCGCCCCUGUGUGACAUCCUCCCUGAAGGCUAUUUGGCGAGCAAGUCCCGGACGAGAAACCGGGUCAGAUUCGCUGGGGAACGACAUCAACAAGCCGAAUUCGCCGACGUUAGCAAUAUCGAAGUCAGCAGUAGCGGCAGCAGCACAAGCGAUGCAUCCGAAUCAGGGGACGAGAAGGCACAGGUGGACGGAAAAGACGGGAUCGAGAUGGACGACCUCGUCACCAAGACCCGACGGGCGGCUUCCAAGUCGGCUGGCAGGAUCGCACGGACGCUCGAACACGACGCUCAAAUAAAACAACUCAACGUAGCGCCCUCUUCGCCAUCGUUAACUACGGAUUUCAAUACUUACGUGAUCGAUCAUCAACCCGGUCCGAAAUUCAAACCCAAGCCAAUGCCAGCGUCUUCACCUUUGGCGCGAUCCCCUUCGGAGGAAAAUAUACCGACGACGCGAUCUUCCCUCUCCCGCUCGAUCCCGGCCAACCUCCCGCUCGACAUCUUGCGCAUGAUCGAGUCAUAUGUCAAUUCACUCCACCUUGCCAAUCAGAUCGAUGUCGAGCUCGUCAAGGCGUCUUCGCUGGAACCGCUCGAACGUCUACCCAGAUUCCAGUUAGGGCACACGAUUCCCCAAUCCGAGAAACUGCAUAAAUCGCUCCGGACAUUGUCGAAACUCUUGGGCGAGGCCGAGAUGCUGAGCGAAGAUCCACCGCCCUUGUCUCUGAGUAUCCACCUUAACCACCUCGUCAUGCUCUACCUACUCGCCAUUCCGGCGCAGGUCAUGCCGAUUCUUGGCCGGUGGAGCGUCCUUCUGGUACUCGUUGCCGGAUGGGCCUUGUUGGGCGUCGAAGCGCUCUGCCGAGAAGUUGGCAGCGUGUUCGGACAAUCGAUGAACCAUCUUCCGACGCGGACAUAUGCGGUGCAGAUCCUCAACGAAGCGCUAGAUACGUGUCCCUUGUUCUUGGAGACCUACCGGUCGAGAUUAGCCAUCAGGCUGAGCGCGGAUGCUGGGCAAGCGGGGUCAGAAGAAGGGGGUCAGAUGGCGAGAGAACGCGAGGAGGAGAUGCUAAAAAGCCUCGAGACGAGGCGCAAGGUUGAAUGGAUUCCGGACUUUGGGUUUGAGAGGUGGUCGGGUUAG